UUAAAUUGCCUACUUAAGAGACCUGCACAAAAUGAUAGAGAUGGUUCUUUCAUUUCUGGGACAGCUCUACUAAGCAAAAGGUGGAGAUACACCACAGUUUUGAUAAUUCUUUACGUUUCUCUUAAUGACAAAGCAAGGCAUAGAAAUUUCUGAAGCAUCAUUCAACACCCCCUUAAGCUGAUCUCAAAAUUUCCUUCCCAUUUUAGGUGGCUGCAUUUUUAUGAGAUUAUAAAUGUACCAUGGAGAGUGAGGAGACUAGUUCAAGAACAAUGGAAAAAGACCAGCUGAAAGCCUCUAACCUUCCUCCAAAAGUUUGGAAUUCUGAGAUGAUGGUGUCAGUGACAGGUGAGCCACCUGGAACUAUAGAAGGAGAAGAAGAAACAGCCCAAGUUAAAGAAAUGGAAAUCAUCCCGGAAUACGUAGGACCACCACUCUCGCUUCUAGAUGUGCUGAGAAUCACUGCAAUUCUAGAGGACGCCACAGACCAGCUCUCUAUUCUAAACUACAUCAUGCCAGUUCAGUACGAAAGAAGUCAAGGCACCAGCUCGAAGAAAAGCAGAGAAGCAAAUUUAGAAGGAAAAAGUGUAGAAAAAUCUCAAGUGAUCUCAGCAACCUCAAAGACAUCCAGUCCAUACUUCCCUAUGAAAGGGCCCAAGUUUCCAGAAAUCAGCCAAGGAGGCCAAUUUGUAGUAGACUCUAACAAAAUGCAGGAUCUUGUCUUCAAUAAACCUACGAGGCAGACCAUAGUGACUGUGGAGACACUGAAGAAAAUCCAGAUUGAUAGGCAGUUUUUCAGUGAUGUCAUUACACAUACCAUGCAGGAGUUGGAAGACUCAGGCACUUUCACCGUUCUCCUGCAAACUUUGGGCAAAGAGAGGGAAGACAAAAUGCAUUUCUACGAUAUCAUUGCUAGCGAGGAGAAAGGAAGAAAACAGAUAAAAUUUCUUCAGAAACAGCUACUGAAUGUCAAAAAAGAACGGCAAGUUGAAGUCCAGAGUCGGAACGAAUAUAUUGCUCACCUCAAGGACCAGUUGCAAGAGAUGAAGGCAAAAACCAACAUGGAGAGUCGCUAUAUGAAGAAAAAUACUGAGCUACAGAUUGCUCAGGCCUACAAAAAAUGUAACAAAGCAGAGGAACUCCUGCUGGAGGAGAUUGAGAAGCUAAGGAUGAAAACUGAAGAAGAGAACCGGAUUCAUACAGAGAUUGAAACUUUCCUUAAAAAGGAGCAGCAGAAACUUGAGGAGAAGCUGGAAUUCUGGAUGGAGAAAUAUGAUAAGGACACAGAAAUGAAACAGAAUGAACUAAAUGCUCUCAAAGCUGCGAAGGCCAGUGAUUUAGCACACCUUCAAGACCUUGCAAAACUGAUAAGGGAGUAUGAACAGGUCAUCAUUGAGGAUCGGGUAGAAAAGGAGAAGACCAGGAAGAAGCUAGAACAGGACGACCUGGAGUUAAGGAGCGCCUUAAAGCUCCAAGCCUGGUGGCGAGGCACGGUGAUAAGGAAUGAAAUUGGUUCUUUCAAGAUGCCCAAGAAGGAGAAAGAUGAUAGCAAGGACUCCAAGGGUAAAGGCAAAGACAAGGAGAAGCGGAGAGGCAAGAAGUGACCAAGUUCUCUUUUCUCCUUUCCUCUGAUAAUUUGGAGAUGGAAAAGAAGACUUGAAGAGAGUAAGAAACAUCUUUAACUACCACAGGUAUCUCUAGGUUGGUUCUUUUUUGGACAUUCCCAGGUGACACCUGGUUUCCUCACUGUGCCUGUUAAUGUUAGUUUUCAAGCCCUGAAUUAGGAUUAACCAUCGAUUUAGGGCUUCCUCAUAUUUUGAUAAAAUUUUGCUCGAGCAAAGGCUCUUCUGUUUCUCGCCAGAAAGAAUGUUUAUGGGCUCAAUGACAGAUGCAUUAAAACCUGUUAUUCCUGUCAUGUCCCUGACUCGGAUUUUAUCCAGCUUCUCUAUGGCAGAAAAACCCUCAGGAGCAAAAGUGAAUAGAGUGUUCAGUAGGAAUGCUUAUCAGAGGAUAUUUGUAAAGUGUCUAGCAUGAUAUAUACACAGUAACACUUUAAUAAAUGUUAGCUCCUGCCUGCCUUUUAGAUUUGUCAUUUGUUUUUAUUGGGGGAGGAGUGGCAUGGAAUGGAAUCCAUCCAUCUUACUAUAAGCUGCUUCAGUUUUUUUCUGGGAAAUAGGCAGGGGUAUAAAUUAUAAGAUAGAAAUGAGAUGUCAGGAUGCACAACCCACAAAUAGUAAAGAUGGUGGUGGUGGGGGGCACAGGUUUUCUGGAAGUCUAGUUUGGAGAUAAUUUCGACAGCGGAGACACUAGGGUCUGUAUCUGCUUUGCUUACUCAACAGUUCCUGCCUUCUGGGGUAUUAUCAUGGAGAGAUAAGGCAUGUGAAAUACCUAACCUGUGCCUGGCACAUAGUAACAACUGACUAAAACACAGUGAGUCCACUGGGUCAUUGCAAUUGUUGUGUGUCAGCUUGGCUGGGCCAUGAUUCUCAGUGGUUUGGCAGUUAUGAUGUACUUUGGUAGUCACAGUACAGAGAUAUGAUCAUCUCUAUGAUGAGAUCUGAUAUAAUGUGAUCACUUCCAUGAUGGGAUCUGCUGUGAGUAGCCAGUUGAAAGGGUUUCCUUGGAGGUGUGGCCUACAUCCAAUUUAGGUGGGCUUGCGGCUUUUGCUCACUCUGGAUCCUGCGGCUGGCUCCUGUUCAUCCGACCUCUGGUUCUUGGGACUUGAGCUACCAGCUUACCCGUGGUCUUACCUGCCAAUCUUGGCAUUUGUUGGUCUCUGCGGCCUGUGAGCAAGAGCCCUGCUCUCUGAUCUGCUGCUCUUGGGUUUGCCAGCCCCUGCAGCUACAUGAGUCAGAAGCCUCCAGCCUGACCCACGGACUUGGGACUUCCCAGCCUCUACAACCACGUGAGUCAUUUCCUUGAUAUAAAGCAUAUAAAGAUUUAUAUGCUUUACUGGUUUUGCUUCUCUAGAGAACCCAGCCUAAGAUAAUCAUUAUUGUUUUGGCUUAUCAGAACAGAAUGUCUUGGGAUGCUAAGGCUUUCCUAUAGCACAGCUGAUAAUUUCUGAGAGUUGUUCUAAUGAGUCAGAUGUACUUCAUGAAUUAAGCCUUACCGCCAGCUCCACUUAAAGGGCAACACUGAUAUAUGUACUUCCUUAGGAGUAAAAUCUCAUCUCAAGGGCCGAUUAUGCCGACCCAGUUUCUACUGAUGUUCCUUCAAGGAAUUAAGUACCCUUUCCUUGAUUCAUCUUUGACAAGGAAACCACACUUUAGGUAUGCACAUUUUCAAAUCAGCCUUUAUUUCAUGCUACUGAAGUGUUGGCUUUUAUUUUCAUGUCAAUGUGUAAAGCAGUAUACAGGCAAUUUAAAAUAACAUACAUGAUAUUGACAUAUUUAUAUUUAGAACUUAUGCAAUAUAUUUACAGACAUACAAAUAUAAGACAAUGUUUUAAAAAAAUCUUUUACUACUUACAUGUUUACAACAUUUUCUGAAUAAGAUGAAAUACGCUGUAAACCACCUUACUGCAAUAUGUAUACAAAAAGGCUUCCAAAGAUCCAUGUUUUCCUUCAUUUCUUUAACUAUUUAAGCGCUUAAUUUUUAAAAAUUCAUCAGACUCAUCAGCAUAGCCACACAUUAGUCACUGCUGAGCUGUAGCAAGUAAGAGACACCAGACUCCUUGAUUAGCUGUAAUGUUGUAUUUAAUAAGCUGUUAAGGACAAUGACCCAUUACUAAGCAUUUUCCUAUUCUGUGGCUAGCCAAAUACAAAGACUUCUCCUUCCAUGGCCCAACAAAGCAGCAGUCAGAAACGCAAAAUGACAUACUGCAUUGGGCAAAUCUGCUGCAAAAGACCUCUUGGAAGUGUUGAAAAGCAGAGAUGUCACCUUGAGGACUAAGGUGCGUCUGACCCAAGCCAUGGUAAUUGCAUGUGAAAGCUGGACAAUGAAUAAAGAAGACCAAAGAAGAACUGAUGCCUUUGAAUUACAGUGUUGGUAAAGAAUACUGAAUACACCAUGGACUGCCAGAAGAAUGAACGAAUUGGUCUUGAAAGAAGUACAGCCAGAAUGCUCCUUAGAAGGGAGGAUGACCAGACUUCGUCUUACAUACUUUGGAUGUGACAUCAGAAGGGAUCAGUCUCUGGAGAAGGACAUCAUGCUUGGUAAAGUAGAGGAGCAGUAAAAAAGAGAAAGACUCUCAACGAAUUGGGCUGACACAGUGGCUGCAACAAUGGGCUCAAACACAGCAACAAUUAGGAUAAUGCAGGUCUGGGCAGUGUUCUGUUGUAUAUAGGGUCACUAUGAGUAGAACUGACUUGACGGCAACUAACAAUAGCAACUUCUUCCAUGAUUUGUUUCCAGACCCAGUUAUUACAAGAGAAAAUUGGUUUAGAGUGCUACGGCUCAUGAGUUUGAUGGUGUGGAAACCUGCUGACUUAUUAAACUCUCCGGAGUUGACAGGGUAGGCACUUGACCCUUUUUUCACUCACACUUUUAGUGCUGGGAAGGCCACUGUUUCAGUAGGAAGCUCCUGGAUGGUCAGGUGAGACUAUUACAAAGGUCAACUGGAGUCUGGCAAGGUGUAAAUGUUACACUGAAUUUUUCUUUCCAGGAAAAAAAAAAAGG